AUGGAAAAGAAGAUAAUUGAGUUCAUUUAGGAAUGUCAAACUAAUAUUGGAAAUUGUUAAGACCUUUCUUAAAUGGAAGAAAUAGUUCAUUAACUUAUUUCAAUCGUUUGUAUAAGUUAUUUUUAUUUUUCAAGACUUUCUUAUUGAAUAAGGUUAAUAAACCUUUGAAGAAGAAAAAUUAAAAUAUUAAGCUUUAAAUUAAGAGUUUUUUAACUUAUAAACAUUGUAUAAUUAAUCAUUAUAGGAAAUUGAGACACUUAAAGUACAUCAUAAAUAAGAUGUUGAAGAAUUUUCAUUAAUAGAAGAUAGAAUGAUUAAAUAAGAAUAUUUUAUUGAAAAAGAGAAAGAUGAAUAAAUUAAUUAUAUGAAAUCAAGUACUUAUGAAAUGAUGAAAUCAUUGAAAAAUCAAUAAUUAUAAUUAGAAAAUGUGAAAAAGUAAAAUGAAGACCAGUAAAUGGAAAUUAAAGAAUUGAGAAAAUUAUUAUAACAAGAAAAGCAGUCCAAUAUUGGAUCUGCCCUUGAUCAUGAAGAAUCUAAACUUCAAACUUACCUAAACAUUAAGGGACACUAAAAUAGUAGUUCUUCAUGUGAUAGUGUAAAACUAAAAUAAUUAGAAAGUUGUUCUAGCAUAGAAUUAAAUCCCCAAUCUAAUUAAAAAGAAAAUAUAUAAGCUGAAAAUUGCUCAUAGACCAUUCUACGUACAAAUAGUAUAAGAGAAGCUGGUCAUCAUUUGAAAUAUACUCAUUGUCAUUCUAAAAAUUAAAGCAUAAAUUGGGUUAAGUUAGCUACUAUUGCUUAAACCCAAUAGUCAUUAUCAUCCAACAGUGAUGAUGAGGAAGCUGUCUGUCAAAAAUCUUAAAGGAGAUUAUCUAAAGAUUUGAGUACAGAGUGCGAACCCAUAUUGUUUGGAAGCAGAAAUCCUUAUAAAGACUUUUAUACAUUGGUAUAUAAGAUUAAUAUUAAUUAGAUAAGUUAAUCUGUUAAAUUAAAUCUUAAUUAGACUAAAUAUUAUGUUGUAAAUGUUGAUAUGCUCUAUGAUUAAUUUUUGGCUGAAGGUGUUCCAUUUCAUAAAUGGUAUAAAAAAAUAAAAGAUUAUAUAUAAAAAUAAGUGUAAUGA